AUGCAUGCCACUGGCAAGUUCAGACGAUGCGGUACGAAAUCAGAAAACUGUAAUACGAUAUCCGCUGUUGGCGCCAGGGAGGAGAUAUCUGCGCUUAGUUUUAGUGGUCACUCUAUUCAGACUAUUCGCAAGAUCUUUGCCAAACACAAGUAUUCAGCCACGGAAUCUGCUAUCCAACGUCAUCUGUAUCAAUGGGGUGUGCGUCAGUUACCAGAUGCACACUCGGUCUUACAAGAUGAGGCUUGGAAAUCCCGUAUCAGAAGGCUGGUGAACAGUCGCCUUCGCUCUGAUACCGGGUGCCGUAAAGACAAACUACAAAAACAAAAGCAAACCUCCGACGACAGCAAUCCUGAGAUCCUUGGUCCAAACUUUGUGUGGCAUCUGGGUACAUAUAGACAGUUAGAGCGAUUCGGAAUUCAGAUCUAUGGAGCUAUCGACAGCUACUCACAGUACGCCCUUUGGCUUGAAGUAGGAGGCAACGCAUGCUCAGGAACUAGUGUCCGCUGUCAAUAUCUUGAGAAAGUGGCCCUUGUGUGCCUCCAACCCCGGGUUAUACAAACAGAUCUCAGCAGUGAGACACGACCUCUCGCUCGCGCCCACUACGCCCUCCGAGAAUCAGGGCCUGGACCUGAAAUCACCUACACAUCCCGCAUGCCCCCUCUUAUGAUCGAAGAUUGCCUUUGGUACAACGGGGGCGGCGCAGAUAAUCGACAAAUGCAAUCGUGGUGGGAGCAGCUCUUCAAAUUACGACUUUCCUUCUGGGACCGGUACUUCUCUUCUCUUGAAGAUGAAGGCCUAUUUACUGGUUCCGAUCAGGAUAAAAUAACACUACUGGCAGUCUUUAUGCCAAUGAUUCAAAGUGACCUGGAGUCUUACAUGAAGAAGUGGAAUGAACAAAAGAGUAGGAAAAAAUUGAAAGGCGCUGACGAGAAUGAGCAACCCUCGGUGAAAUACUUUGAACCUCAUACCAAGAAGGACGCCAGAUCCGGGACCCCAAUUCGAGAUUAUGCACUCCCGGUGGAUCCAAUAUUGCUUGAGGAGCUGCAGCGAUAUAACACAACAUGGAAACAGGGUGAAUACCUUCCUUCAGCCACCUUGGCUUGGUGUCAUGCGAAGCUCGAGCUACUAGGCUUCAAUCCAUUGAAUCCACCACCAAAAAGUUCUGAAGACAACACAAGUGGACAACCAUACCGUGACAUCUAUUUGAGCUUCCGUCAGAUAGUUCAGCAUCAUCAUCAGACGGGAGAACUGCCCGCACUUUCUCGGUGCGUGGAACCUGAAGAUUAG